AUGCAAAAUAGUACACUUUUCAAUCUCAAUCAUCUUAACGCCGUUAAUACUGUUAACACACUCAAUAGGGAUAAUACUGUUAAAAGUGAUUUAGUUGAAAUCGGUAAUUCAAAAGAAUUAUUUGAUGAAAAAAAUGUUAAUAACAAUAUUAAAACUAGCGAAACAGUUGAAAGGGAGUUGGAAAGACUAGGAGAAGAAUUAUUGGAAGAAGAGGUGGGUAAAGUUAGGCUCCAAAGCCAGAAAGAACACACACUUAAACAACAAUUACACAAUUUUCAUAAUGAAGUUCUAAAUAUAAUCAAUACCAAUAAAACUAAUGACAAUAAUGAUAAUUUUAAUGAAAAUAUUAAUAAUAAUGGAAUUAAUGUUAAUUUUAAUGAAAACAUUUUAAAUUUAACGAAUGAAAAUUUCAAUGAGAACGAAAAUUUAAAAUUUAAAGAGAAUUUAAAUGAAGAAAAUUUAAAUCAGAAAAUUUUUAAUGAAGAAAAUAAUGAAGAACAUUUUAAUAAAAAUUUAAAAUUUAGUCAAAGUCAUUUAAGAUUUAAUCCAAACAAUUUUAAUUUUAAUGAGAAUAAUUUCAAUGAAGAUAAUUUAAAUUUUAAUUUUAAUGAAGAGAACUACAAGUUUGGAGUAAUUGAUAAAUCAUCAAGUCACUCAGGUUUAGGAACAUUUGAAAAGCUAAACCAGUCUGAUACCAACCAGGUGCAGACCAAAACACACACACAAAAUAACACAUUAAACUUUAAUACUUCAUAUAACACACUUAAUAACACAAUUAAUCACAUGAUUAAAUCUCUCAAUAAUUCAUUAGCGACAACAAAUACCAACGAUUAUACUCAAGACCCCAACACUAACAACUAUAGCCCACAGUUCGUUGGGAAUGAAUAUAGUUCAGAGUUUGGUAGUAGUGAGUAUAAUGUUGAUUUCAAAGGGUCCAGAUUAACCAGUGGACCGGAAUAUUGUGAAACCGGCCAUUCAACUUUUAGAGAUAAAUUAACCGAUUUCAAAGAUGAAUCAUUACACUUCAAAGACGAAUCAUUGGGGUACAAGGAGGAUUUGUUUGGAUUCAGAGAUGACUUGGCAGGGUUUAGCGAGUUUGAAAAGGGUCUUUUCUCAUUGUGCGAUGAAACGUCCACUCAACAAGGCUCAUCUUUGCUCUCGUCGCCCGAGCAACCAAACAACCUCAACGCCCAAAAUAUUAAAACAGCUAACACAACACCAAACACACUGGAUACUAUGUAUGAAAUGAGUAAUAAAACAGAUAAAAAUAGAUUGUUGCAAUACCUGAACAGCGUCUCAACGAGUUUUGGAGAUUCAAACUAUUCAUCAGAAUCACUAUAUAACUUCCAAAACAGCUUUUAUCAGCCAAACAAUUACUAUAAUAAUAAUUAUAGCAAAGAAUAUAAUAACUAUGAAAAGGGAUAUAACUAUGGUAAGGGUUGUGAGGAAAUAUUGUUUGGAGAUAAAGGAUAUUAUGGAAAUUAUAUAGAUUUGAGAGAGAAGGAGGAUGAAACACCGUUCACACACGUGGUAAGUAGUGUGGCGACGGUAGCAGACACUGUAACGCCGUUGUGUUCAGACUUGAACACGGAAUUCUCAGAAUCAGCACACGCUUUGUUGGAACGAUAUUUAAUGGGAGACGUAACAGUUGAGAAUGAACUGUUUUCACUGUUUGGAACCGAGUUUACAGUUGAUGCCUGUGAAGUUUACAAUACAAUUGUCAAGUAUUGUAACAGUAAACUAUUGCUACAAUUUUCACACAAGCUGUUAUUAUUAUCAGAUCAACUGGUUGAUAACAUCAACUACUUCCCAAACCAUAACCAUAGUAAUAGCACAAUGAACACAGCUAACAACACACCGAGCACAGUAAAUGGUAAUAACACACUUAACGGAGUUAAUGUUAAGUGUGUGACGGCGGAUGUGUACAGUGAGACGCUGGUAUUAUUGUUGAGUAUGCCGGAUUCAACACAGUUGUCGAGAUCACUUUUAAACCACUUAUUAUCACCAACAGAAUCAACAAACUGUCUUGAUUUGGUGAUUAAGAAAUAUGUAACGACUUUGGUACAGUUGACAAGAAAGGAUUCAGGAGUGAUUGAAAGACUAUUAAGCGUAUUGGAGGACCACCAAGGGAGGUUAAAUGCAAGAUUGAGCUGUUUGUUGGUGGGAUACUUGGUGCAAAUAGAUUUGCUAGGAAAACCAAAGUUCGACAGCUUCAUUAAUCUGACAAACGCAGAAGCAACGUCAACACUGUCGAGAAUGUUCAGAAUGAUGUUCUACCCAAAGCUCAAUAGCAUUGUUAAGUUUGUGCUGAGGUUUGUGGACAUCAUGGUGAAUCCAGACUUUUCAGUGGAUUUUCUGGAGAGUAGUAAGUUAUUGCUGUUUCUGGAGUUUUGCGCCGUAAACUUUGGAUUAAGUUACGGAACAGUUGUGGUACGUUUGUUGGAAAAGCGAGCACUGAAUGCACUAUCGUUCAUUAAUUCACUACAACUGGCGUUACUAAUUGAUUAUCCCUCUGUAGUAACUAAAAUAUCAUUAUCGUCGUUGCAAACACUGAAAAGCGUAGUGCCAAUAGAAUUCACGAGCCCCAACUUUGGGAAAUUCGAGUUCAUCACGCUAGAGAAUAUCAAUAAACUGAUACAUCUGAUAACCAUUAAUAGUAAUUCAAACACACAGGAUAAAAAUAUUGGUAAUUCAGAGGGGAAAAGGUUGGUGACAAACUUAUUGGAGGUGUGCAAGCAGUUGUUUGGAAGUGAUAAUAAGGAAUUAUUCGUCCCGUUGGUGGAGUGUUGUUUACUAGCGGAGGACUUUCAAAGUUGUGAGUCAGUGAUGAAAUACUACUGUGACUAUUACGGCAUGGUUUCUGAACCGAUAUGUGAAAAGGUGCUACUCUCAAUAGCGCUCAAGGGGAAUUUCAACCACGUGAAUAGAUUACUAAAAGGGACUCAGUCCUAUGAGUCAUGUGAAGUAUUCUUGACACAUUCUUCCUAUUCAAAUACCGAAAAUAGUACAGGUAAUAAUUCUAUAUAUAUAUGA